AUGGACAUGGCUGGUCCUGGUAGAACUCAAGUGAACUCUAGAUGGAACCCAACAAAGCAGCAAAUAAGCAUGCUUGAGAGCUUAUACAAGCAAGGAAUAAGGAUUCCAUCAGCUGAGCGCAGAUACAUUAUUUGCGGAUCAUACUACCUGCCACGGAGAGAUUUAGGGUUUUAUCUGCGGUAUCCGAAGGUGCUACUCCCUAAUGGAUUCAAGAGGAGGCCAAGGAGUGAAAAGAUUGACAAGGCAAGAGCCUAUGCUUUUACUGAUUCGAAGCAGGAAACUAUCGACGACAAGUUCUUUGGCAACAAUGAAGAAACAUUGCCUCUCUUUCUUUUGCACCCAACUGGUGUUUUACAAGGAAGAGCUGAGACUCUGCGUUCUCUUGGUUCAAUGAUUUGUGCUGCUGAAAAUUCCAUUGCCAAUUCUGCUUCGAGCUCCUCUGAGAUGACUACUGGCGUUGAAGAUGUUUCUAGUGACAAACCCUUCUUCGAUAUAUAUUUUUUUUUUCAUGAAACAAACGCUAAGUGA